AUGGUACAAAUCAAGCCUUUUGCUGUCGAGCAGUGGAUGGACAAGUACGAAACAACUGCAAAGUACAACAUCGCAGAGACAUGUGCUGCAUCAGUAUCGAUCAAUGAACUACGCGAGCUAUCCGAGGACAAGAAUGCGGACAUCAUCGAUCUGUCUACUGUGAUGAACUACGGAGAUAUUCGAGGCAACGAGAAACUGCGAGAGAACCUUGCCAGGCUAUACUCUUCUAGAUCAAGCAAUCCGCUACCCAAAGACAACAUCUUGAUCCAACCUGGAGCCAUUUCGUCCAACGCCUUGGUACUCUACUCUCUGAUUGGUCCUGGAGACCAUGUUAUUUGCCAUUACCCUACCUACCAACAGCUAUACGAUUACCCAGCAUCUUUGGGUGCAGAAGUUGAACUAUGGAAGGCCACACCGGAGAAGCAAUGGGAACCAGACUUUGAAGAGCUCAAGAGCAUGAUCAAGUCUAACACCAAGAUGAUCAUCUUGAACAACCCAAACAACCCUAGCGGCGCAGUGUUGAAGAAGACAUUGCUACAGAACAUCGUCGAAUUGGCCCAGGAGAUGAAUAUUAUCAUCCUCUCCGACGAAGUCUACCGUCCCUUGUUCCAUGGCAUCACUCCCGCAGAAAACGAGUUCCCUCCUUCCAUUUUAUCCAUGGGUUAUGAGAAUACCAUUUGUACCGGCUCGCUCUCAAAAGCCUACUCCUUGGCUGGUAUCAGGACUGGCUGGAUCGCAUCACGCAGCCGAGACAUCAUCGAGAAGUGCGCGGAGGCUCGCGAUUACACAACAAUCAGUGUAAGCAUCCUGGAUCAACAAGUUGCUGCUUUUGCUCUGGACCAAAACUGCAUACACAGUUUGCUAGGCAGGAACAUUGCGCUUGCACGUACCAACUUGGAGCUGCUAGAGCGGUUCGUCAUCAAGCAUGACGAGUACUGCACAUGGGUCAAGCCGGUAGCAGGAACAACCGCUUUCAUCAAGUUUAGUCGAGAUGGCCAACCCGUCGAUGCCAGAGAACUGUGCAAGCAGUUGCAAGAGAAGGUAGGUGUCAUGUUCCUUCCUGGCGACUGUUUCGGCGAGGAGUUCAAGGGAUAUGUCAGAAUUGGAUAUGUGAACAGGACAGAGAUCAUCAAGGAAGGAUUGGAACAGGCGAGGUUGUUCAUGCGAAAAGAGUUUGACGACAUCCCUCUUGCAAGCUGA